AUGCGUGGCCUUGCCUUGACUAGCUGGUUGCUUCUCUCGGUGGUCAAUGCUGGCUUGGUCGACGAUAUCAUCGACGCUUUGAAGAAUGCUGCCACUUGCGGGUCAUGCCAUACCCUCCUCGUCCCCCUCAAAGGACUGGCAUACCUGGGCGAUGGCGCGUUCACCAAAGCUAUCACCGCCGUAUGCACAACAUUGAAUCUUUCUGACGACGACGUCUGCGAAGGCGCCAUCGGCCAGCACGGCCCCACCUUGGCAUACGACAUACGGUCAAUCAGCAUCUGGGGAAAGAUGGGAGACAAACUUUGCGAUGCUGUCUUCGGACUCUGUCAACCACCCGCGGUGAUCCCAUACAGAGUCCCAUUCCCCAAGGCUGCUCCGACGAACCCGAAGGUCUUCAAGUCCACUGGAAAAGCGCCCUUCCAGGUCGCUCAUUUCAGCGAUGUCCAUGUCGAUAGACGCUACACUCCCGGAUCCGACGCUAUUUGCAGCAAGCCUCUCUGUUGCCGGAACUACCCUGGUCAGACGAGCCCACCCGCGCAGCCAGCAGGUCCAAACGGUGACUACAACUGCGACACGCCACCAUCUUUGGCCGACUCCAUGUUUGAUGCCAUACGCCGAGUAGCCCCUGGCAAUAAAUUCUCCAUCUUCACUGGUGACGUGAUCGACGCUGCGAUAUGGGAACUUUCAAAGCCAACUGUGACCAAAGAUCUUGAGGCCUUCAACAACCAAAUGGCUUCGAGACUCAACUCGCCCGUCUACCCCGCUAUCGGCAACCAUGAAGCGGCGCCCGUUAAUGCCUUCCCUCGCGACACCACCGCCGUUGCCAAUGCACAGUGGAUAUUCGAUACCCAGAGUGCGGGGUGGGCACGAUGGCUUAACACAGCAGGCGUCAAACAAGCCGCCGAGACAUCUGGAAGUUAUUCCUUGGUGGUCCCGGGAACCAACCUUCGAAUCGUCUCCAUCAACACUGUGUAUUGGUACAAACAGAACUACUGGCUGUACGAUACCGAUGAUGCACCUGCUGAUCCUAACGGCAUCUUGGCGUUCACUGUCAAGCAGCUCCAGGAAGCUGAAGACGCCGGCCAACGUGUAUGGCUUGUAGCCCAUAUGCCUCCCGGUCGCCAAGAUGCUCUCAAUGAUCAAUCCAACUACUUCGACCAAGUCAUCCAACGCUACAAGAACACCAUUGCGGCCCAAUUCUACGGCCAUGACCACAGAGACCAAUUUGCUUUGGCUUACUCAGAUUACAACAAGAGAACAGCAGAGAACGCAGUGAGCAUGGGUUGGAUCGCACCUGCCGUCACACCUCGAAGUAGGGUUUCCAAACUACGGAAGCAACGCAAACCUAACAGACACGCUUCAGGCGGUAAUCCAGCGUUCAAGAUCUACGAUGUUGACCCUGAUACCUAUGAAAUUAUGGAUGCCCGCGUGUAUACGACUGAUCUAAAGGAACCUGGCUUCCAAACCACACCGAACUGGAAGCUCUAUUACAGCGCCCGGGCAGCGUAUGGACCUCUGGUCAGCGGACUGAAGGCAUCUGACUCUCUGGGACCCGCAUUUUGGCACAAAGUGACAGAAGGCUUUGAGAGGAACAAUACCGCCUUCGAUAUGUGGAACACGUUCCAAAGCCGCGGUGCUAAAGUCCAGGCCUGCGACGCAGAAUGCAAGAAGACCACGAUAUGCAACUUGCGCGCUCUUCGUGCCGAAAACAAUUGCGAUGAUUCGAAGCCUGGUCUACAACUGAAGAGAGGAGAACCUGAGUCUGAUAGGGUUCGCGAUGCCGAUCUUGGCAUAUUGCUUUCCAAGGCGACGGUCGUGCUAUCCCAAAAAGAUCCGGAAACUGAAGCUCAGCUUGCGGACCUCAGGAAGAAGCUGCAUGAAAUUUUGGGGGAUGCGGAGUGA